AUGAAAAAGCAAUUAAUUUUAACCCAUAGUAAGACAACAGAGUUGGAUUUGGAAACGAUAUUGUGCCGACAAGAACUCAAUCGGUUAGAAAACGAAUCCGUUGGUGAAAUUGAUAACAAACCGAGGAGAGAAUCAGCAUCACAGAUAGACGAAUUUUUUGACGUGCCCAGAAGUAGUUACGGAACAACAACAACCGGAAGAACGAUGCAUGGAACAAACGAAGAUGAUAUUUUUUUAAGGCCGAGCGGUUUGUGGGAAGAUAUAACGAGCAGUAUUCAAAAAUUAGAUCCGGACAAUGCGGAUAUGCUAAGCGCAUUAGCUGCCGCCGGUCAUAUCAAAAUGGAAGUUCCGGACGAGUGCACCAGAACGAGCAGUGCCGUGUUUACGAACAAUACAAACGCUCACAACGACGAGUACAUUAUACCUAACAUAAUUCCAAAAAUAGAAAUGUCGAAUUCUCCGCCUCAUCAGGUACCUCCGACCACGUCCUUACAUUUAAUGACCACGCCGGUCACUCAAUAUAACGGAAGUGUUUACCAACAUAGUUAUCAUAGUCCGAACUAUCAAAUACCACCCAAUAGACUUAUCUAUGCCCCUCCUCCGACUCCACCGACGUCGGAACCGGGAUCCCCUGGUAACACGCUUCAGGGACCUCCCAGAAGGACUCCGCCACCUCCGUAUCCGACAACAGAUCUAUCACAAUGUGCAAAAACUUCAACGAUGCCAAUGAUAUUAAAAUUUAAUAGAAGAAACAAUCCAGAAUUGGAAAAGAGAAGAGUUCACCACUGUGAUUUUCCCGGCUGCACCAAAGUUUAUACCAAAAGUUCACAUUUGAAAGCUCAUCAGAGAAUACACACGGCAAAAACAUUUUAA